UUGCCUAACUAAAUUAUUAAAUUAUGCUAACUAAUUCGGACGUUCUAAAAUAAAUGUUCGAAAGAGACGAUUUUCAGUUCAGCCAAGUUGUUUACUCAGAACGAAUCGUUCAGACUGUUCAACAGAUUCACUAAAAGGUCCGACUCGACUGAACGAUUCAUUUAUCAAAUAUAAAUCACUCUUCCGCAGUGGCACCAUACUCAUUUGCAAAACGCAAAAGUUCGUAGCCUUUCAAGUUCAUUGCGAUCUUCGUUGAGUUUGUGGCUUCGUUUCGCUUAGAGAAUGGGAAAGCGUGUAGCUGUAGUGUUGGCAGGCUGCGGUGUCUUUGAUGGAAGUGAAAUCCACGAGGCGUCAGCAAGCUACUGUGAAGAUAUUUGCACCCAGCAUUGAUCAGAUGCAUGUUGUAGAUCACUUGAAAGGCUCUCCAACAGAGGAAAAGAGAAAUGUGCUUGUGGAGAGUGCCAGACUUGCCCGGGGUGAUAUCCAAGACCUCUCUGAGCUCAACGUAAAGGAUCUGGAUGCUAUCAUCUUCCCUGGUGGCUUUGGAGCAGCCAAGAACCUGUGUAGCUGGGCUGUCCAGGGUAAAGACUGCUCAGUCAAUGAGCAGGUCAAAACAUUGCUGGAGGCCUUCCAUGCGGAGAAGAAGCCCAUUGGCUUGUGCUGCAUCUCACCUGUGCUGGGUGCUAAAGUUUUCCCUGGCUGUGAAGUGACUGUUGGCCAUGACAAGGAUGAUAGGUAUCCAGAUGUUCCAGAUACUGCGGAAGCUAUUUCUCAGCUUGGCUGCAAGCACAUCUGUAAGCAUGUAAAUGAGGCUCAUGUCGAUGAGAAAAACAAGAUUGUCACCACCUGCGCUUUCAUGUGCAAAGCACCACUACAUGAAAUAUUUGAUGGAAUUGGCGAGAUGGUACGGGAGGUGCUGAAACUUGCCUGAAUUCCUGCUAGAUUAAUGAAUUGGCCCUGUCUUUCUAAUGUUUGUAUAUAACAACUCCAGCAUUUGAAUAAACAAGUAACA